GGAAAGGACCCCUUGCCCGGCAGACAGGCAGCAAGUGGGCGAGGAUCCAUUGGAUUGAGGACCCCGCCCGGUUCCACCAUGGGAACCCCCCAGAAGGACGUCAUCGUCAAACCCGAUGCCCCCAAAACCCUGAUGCUCGACAAGCAUGCGCAGUACAUCGAAUCCUACGGAGCCAAGAAAGAUGAUUACGAAUACUGCAUGUCGGAGUAUCUGCGCAUGAGCGGCGUCUACUGGGGGCUGACCGUCAUGGACCUUAUGGGGGAGCUGCAUCGAAUGAACAAAGACGAAAUCUUAGCUUUUAUCGCGUCCUGCCAGCACGACUGCGGCGGAUUCAGCGCCAGCAUCGGCCACGAUCCCCACCUGCUGUACACGCUGAGCGCCGUGCAGAUUCUUACUCUUUUCGAUAGCCUUUCUGUAGUUGACACCGACAAAAUAGUGGAAUACGUCCAGAGCUUGCAGAAAGAGGAUGGAUCUUUUUCUGGAGACAAGUGGGGGGAAAUUGACACCCGGUUUUCUUUUUGCGCUGUUGCAACGCUUGCACUUUUGGGCCGGCUGGACUCCGUUAACAUACAGAAGGCUAUAGAGUUUGUGUUGUCCUGCAUGAACUUUGAUGGAGGCUUUGGCUGCAGACCGGGCUCCGAGUCUCACGCCGGGCAGAUCUAUUGUUGCACAGGAUUCUUGGCCAUCACUGACCAGCUUCACCAAAUCAACGCUGACCUGCUGGGCUGGUGGCUCUGUGAACGGCAGUUACCCUCCGGAGGACUCAACGGGCGACCCGAGAAGCUGCCGGACGUUUGUUAUUCGUGGUGGGUUUUGGCUUCCUUGAAAAUAAUCGGGAAACUCCACUGGAUAGACAGAGACAAACUGCGCUUGUUUAUUUUGGCGUGCCAAGAUGAAGAGACGGGCGGUUUUGCCGACAGACCGGGCGAUAUGGUCGAUCCGUUUCACACGCUGUUCGGAAUCGCCGGGUUAUCUCUGCUGGGAGAAGAAGGAAUUAAGCCGGUGAAUCCGGUGUACUGCAUGCCGGAAGAAAUCAUUCGGCGAAUAAACAUUCAACCUGAAACCCUGGGCUAGAGUCUCCCCGCGGCCCCCGAGCUUCAUCACACACGAGGGCCACCAGUGAAACAAACACUAUAACCUUUACAUCUUUAUUUUAUUAAUAAACACGUUUAUAGCCA